UACAAAACACAUACUGAUUAAAAUACUAUAAUUAUUCAUAUGGUUGAGAGACUAAGUAGGUAUUGAAUAAAGAAUAACGAUUUACUAAUUGAAGUAUUAAGAAAAUAAUAAUUAUAAAGAUAAGCAGAUGUCAUUGGCAUUAAAAUCAGACGGAUUAUUUGAUGACAGCUAAAAAUAUUAUUUGUAGCGUUCUAACUUAUUUUCGCUGCCAAGAAUGUUUGAAUAUCAUGAUUUUCAUGAAUCCUACUUUCACCAUUCUUGUGUAAUUAUCCCGGAAAGAGAUGUUCUGGACACGGACAUUAUUGGUUCCGGCUGUGUCUCCCGUUUAAAACGCUGGUGGCAUGAUUUGUUUCUCUUGUGUUAUACAUCAGCGAGAACUAGUUGUUUCUAUACAAGUUCUCAUGCCAUGACUAUUGAUAGAUUCAGGCAGUAUCGCAAGUAUAGACACCGAAUCCAUCCGAUGAGUAAAUUCAGAAUCUUUUGGGACACCCUUAUGGUGUAUGUGUUCCUCAUAAACAAAGUGGUGUUCCGUUUUUCCUCGUCGUUUUACUUCGAUGGGGUUCCCAUUGUCUUCUACUUCCUCGGAGCUCUCCUCGAGCUGGUCAUCAUAGCCGACUUCAUGAUCAACCUGAAGACUGGCUACAUAGACACGGAAGCGAAACAAGUGGUGCUUGAUACGAACAGGUCUCUGAAACGAUUCUGUGCCCAGAAGCUGUUCUUUCACUUCGCUUCGGCCAUGCCCUUAACAUGGCUCAUGUUCUUAAGAUACGGAGCAGAGAUCUCGUGCGGGCUCUGCAAGGCCAACAAGUUCAUCAGCACGUUAAAGAUCAUCAGCGUAAUCAGUCUCUACAGGGUCUUUGAAACAACUGAAAUCCAUGUUCAAAACCGGCCGUGGAACCUCAGGCAGCGCUACAAGUUCAUCAGGAUCGCUCUCGUCGGAUUCGUCUGCAUGCUGCAAUUUUAUGACCUUGGUGAAACCAUUACUCUUCUUGUUAUGAUUGAAGACGGCAGAGUCAGGCAGUCUUCGCGUCUGGCAAGAUUAUUAAACAAACUCUAUCAUGAAAAAAAAUAUUCACUUGUCCGUUUAGCAAUUUAUGAAAUGAAUAAGUGUGUCAAGUCUCUAUUGCUAUUUUCAUUAGGGUACCUGAAGAAGACGUAUUAUCUAGACAAGCUUGUGUCGCUGACUGCGUAUUUGAUAGCGCAUGCAUUCUUUUUGUGGUGCAUACUGGAGUGCUAUGCCCUGGUCAGUCGUAUGCUGUAUCCGAGUGACCGAAUGGAAAAGAUAACCCAUGGGGCGGAAAAUAUGAUGGCUUGUCGACAAGUGCCUGACGAGUUGAGACGUAAGUUAGAGGUGUACUUCAAAUUUAAGCCGACACAUCUGAUGCUGGUUGAGAACGAGAACAAUCUGUACAGGAGUCUGCCUCCGGUAUUGAAGAUGGAGGCCAAACUGAGUUGCUACAUGAGUACCGUGAGAAAGAUUCCUUUCUUGAGUAAAUUGCCGAUGUCGAUUCUCGAGAAAAUCGUAAUGAUGCUAAAGAAAGAAGUAUUUUUAAACAAUGAUAUUGUGCUUGAAGCUUGGGUACCAGCAGAUGGUCUGAUGAUAGUUGACAACGGGGUCCUGGCUGUCUACUCCCACUUUCACCAGGAGACUGGGCACCUGAUCGACGGAGACUACUUCGGGGAACUGUCUCUUGUCACUGACAACGAACUCUGCUUAUCUUACGUCGUUGCUAUCACAUCGUGCACUGUUCUCAUCUUACCAAAAGCGAUUUUCAGGCACUGUAUGCGACAACAUCCUAAAUAUUUCCUUGAUAUCAAGGAGCAAAUGAAGAAGCGAUUUAACAAUCCACUGCAGUCGAAACGUAACGGGCCUAAAGAUCGGAUCCCUGACAAUCCUGAUGCAGUGGAAGAUAAAGACAAGGCCAACGAACAAACUACACAAUCUUGAGGUUUCCCAAAGUGUCUCAAGGCGACUGUAGAUACACUUACCAUCGCAUUCAAAUAAAGGUGUCCGAGCCAAGUUCAUGUAACAGAUCGCGAGCAACACCGUGAACAUAUACGGUGUAUAAAACCUCGCAAGUUCAGAAUCAGUCGCUUUUUGACUGUUACUAAAAUUCGUCUUUCUUGUAGAAAUAGAAGCUAUCGAACAUUCGUUUAUGAGAGCUAGCCAAGUCAGACCUUAGGCU